AUGGUCCAAUGGUUUCGCAUCGAGUGGAAACGAAUCGAGCCAAGACUUGUCGAUUCGCCACUCCGUGUCCUCAAACAUUCAAUGGAAAACAUGUUGAGAAUGUCGGAUGGUCUGAUAUUUCUCACGAGUGGCGAGUGUCGUCAUCCAUACGAUGUAGAAGAAGCUCGAAAAACAAAAUACCGAUCCAAGCUCUCCACUUUGAAAGAACGCGGUGAUGGAUAUACAUGUCUUUACAAGUCGGAUGCCAUUUAUUCUGGUUUUGGCUGGGACGAGUUUGCAAACGAAACUGUUGGGAUUCAAGCAAGACUGAUAUCGAUUCUGAAGCAGUAUAUGAAGUCGCCAUGGGAUUAUUUGGAGCGCAAAGGAGCCACAGAAUUGUUGGAAUCCCUCUUGGGGCAGCACGAACUUGCUGUAAAGGAACUACAACAAGAGGUACAAAAUUUGAAAAAUAUUAUUUUGCAAGAUAUCAAGUUAAGGCUAAAACCAAAGAAGCUUUGCUUUGCAACACAGGACAAGAUGGAGCGACUGUUUGUUGCCUACGGAAAGCAAACCAUCAGUCUCGAGCGAAGGGCUGACAACUUCCAGCUCGAGAAGGAUUCUGUUCUUCCCGCUAGCUACGACACAAUUGGUGACUGGAAGCGAUACGAACUAAGCCUUUCUGCAAAUGAAUCUUGUAAACAAAUCAAGAAACGCAGAAUGGUGAUUCAAGAUACGGAUAGCGACAGCGACAGUGUUGCAGCUCCACAGAGACGAAAAAAGCGUCUCGAAACACAGACUUCAAACCAGAAUGCCACAGGAUUGAAGGUUAAGGUUAAGACAACAACGGCUCAAGCGGAGAAGGAAGAUUCUGUCCAUGCAAUCAAAGCCCAAAUGGGGGUGGAUGCUGCCGGCCUUGAGACAUCAAGGGAAGAACUGGAGCAUGAAAUUGUUGGAGAACGUGAUUCAUCGAAUGAAUUAGAGGAAAAGAAUGAAAGCCUUGGCAAAGUUCUCCAACGAGUCCUCGCAAGACAAGACCGUGACGAUGACGAAGUCUGGGAUGCCAGAGAGUGUCUUCGGCAGUCACACAUGGAGUUGGGGAACGAAUACCUCUGGUCCAAACGAGACUUUCCAAAGGCCCAGGAGAGCUUUCAACAAGCUCAGAGGCUGGUGAAGGAUCAACAGGAUUCCCACAAUCGAGUUGUCCUUACCAGCAAUGACGAUACUCCUGAGUCACAUGUGAUCGGACGCAAUCUUCUUUUCCUUCUUGCUCAGGCAAGUCUCAAUGGUGGAAUUUGUCAUGUAGAGCGUGGAUUGGUCAACAACAAUAAAAUCCCCAAGGGGAUAGUGAAUUCGGCACUCAAGGAGUUUUACGUUGUGCAAAGCAUAACAGCUGAUUUGCGGCAGCAAGCUCUGGAAGACGAACAAGCUUCUAGAAUUCACUCAUCUCACUGGAACGAGUGUCAUGAGGAUUCGCUUCGUGCUACCCAGCUCGAAUCAUUGUCUCACCGCUGGAUAGGUGUAUGUCUAUGGAACGCAUCGCGAGAAACAGACGCCAUUGAGAGCCUACAGAAAGCAUCUUCAUUCUUCAAAAUCAACGGUGAACCAAGAAGCGAGUUGAUCCCUUCCAUUUUGGAGGUCGCAGCAGAAUGUAUCUUUGCAUGCUGCGCUCUUUCAGACCUGGUAUGCUCUGCAAUGGAAAAGUUGCCGCGUAACUCUUUGAUCAAGGGCGACCACUACAUUGUCAUAGUGGAACGAGCAUUGAGACGAUAUGCUGAAAUUGUCGGUAAAUUUGAACGCUAUCCACGAGGGGAUGCAAUUAGCGAAUCAUUCCAAGCCUUUCGAGAAUCCAAUAACAUCAAAACAUCAGAAGCAGUGCUCAACCAUAUCGCACAAGUCAGAGGUUGGUGGAAGAAAAAGAAGAGUCAACCUACAAGCUUAAUGGCAAAGGAUUCUGCCAGCAAAGUGAAAUCCACCCUGCCUAGAUUUGACGUCUUUUCAUCUGGCUUGACGUCUUCAAACAAUCACCACUCAACCGCUCAUAUUACUCUCUCCAGCGGCCGUCGUCUACAACAAAGAAGAGGCGUCUCUAAACCUGAUUCUAAUCCUGCAACAGCAUUUUCUGCUUUGCCUGGGGAAACCGAAACUGCCCAACAAAUGCAAUUUCGAAAAUGGGGUGAUCAGUUGUUGUCUAGUCAUAGCGAUCCGACUGCUGGUGACUCUAUACCUCAGCUUGUUUACCCAUCCAUUGCUCCUCCAAUUCCGGAAGACCUUAGAGCGCUAAUUCAAGGGUAG